AUGAGUGGACACAGCAUCAUUACAUUUUCGCAACUCAGCUUGGAACUUACAAGCAUCCAAAAUAUGCAGCUCCCGCUCUUAUUCGCUGUAUUGGUCGGACUCUGUGUGGUGAUCCCAAGUGCAGCAGAUCUGAGCGCCCUUUUCAAGGAAGCGCACGAGGCCAACAAAAAGGAAGCUGCCGCUGAAUCAAAUUUUCAAGAUGAAUGCAACCCGAACAACGUGAAAUACCAAUUCGAUCAUGACAAAAGUGAUUUCGAACAAAGUGAUUGCAACUAUUACGAAUGCACAUCAGCGAAGAAGUUUGAGAGGAAAAGUUGCCCCGAUGGCAAAGGUGUCAGCGAUUUCUUCAAAUUAAAGUACAAGAUGUAUGGUAAAGGACAGGCAUACCCUCCUUGUACAAGGGAUGUACCUGCGUGUGAGAGAUCUUUGGCUGACAAAGGAAUCACUGACAUCCGAAUCCCGAUCUGUGGUCUUGACUUCGUAUUCGCCAUCGACAUUUCAUGCAGCAUUAAUCCACAAGACAAGGAAAAGAUUCGAAAAUUCCUCAUGUCUGUAAUCAGGCGUAUUCCCGUGCGUCCACCUUUCUCACAGGUCGGCAUUGUUUUGUUCUCUAAGUCUGUCUACGAUAUUGCUCAGCUCAACUCCUACAUACGCCGUGGACAACUUUUGAAUGUAGUCAAAGAUAUGAACAUGAAGCCAAAGGAGUGUGGUACAUCAACAUGGUUGGCACUCCAAUACGCAAGAGAAGUUUCCUUCAACCCACAGAACGGUGCUCGUAAGGACAAAAAGAAAGUAUUAAUUGUCGUUACUGAUGGAAUGACCUAUCCCGUGGAAAAGAAAGGGGAAACAUUGGAAAUGGCUAAAGCCAACAUAAGAGCUAACAUAACAUCAUAUGUAGUUGCAUGCCCCAAUAUGAAUGCAGGAGGAUUGAUUGGACACGACGAAUGGAACGCAAUCGCAACUGGCAAUAUUGAUGAUGAAGAAGGCGUAAUAGAUCCCAAUGUAUAUGCACUUGACACUUUUGAUCAACUCAGAAGUAUCAUUAACAAAAUCGUCAACAAAGCAUGUUUAACAAUGUAAAGUCCAAAAUGGCACUAAUAGUAUGAUCGAGGAUGUAAAUAUAUAAAAGGACUCGUACGGGCGACAAAAACGGAUAUCUUGGAUGAAGACGUCUUAUGGUUCAACAUACCGUAUUGGAUGUAUUGUUUCAACAAUAAAUUUUCCUAAUAAGAGUAAA